UGUCGUUUAACAUUUACAAUGAUAGAUAAUUUACAUCAACAUCAAAAUAAAAGUUGUAAGCUGAUAUCUAAUCGCACCGGUGAAUCAUCACGAGGUACGAAAAGAUCCGCUGCUUCCAGCCCUGAUCUACCUGUAAAAAAAGCGCAUAAUGGGAGAUAUGACUCAUGUGAUUUAGGCAUCCCUACCAAUCAGAUGUCAUCUCAUAUGAGAAGUCUUGGCCAUAAAGAAAAAGCCUGCACAAUUCAGGUCUAUGGUAUACAUUUAAUUCAGAGUGCAUUUAAGUGCAGAAUCGUCGUGUACAGAGUCAAAAGUGGUGAAAAACAUAUAGAUUAUAUAACAUUUUUCGAUGAAAUAAAAUUUAGAGUAUUUAGUAAAGUUGUUCUUAGUGCCAAUUAAAGUUAAUGUAGAUAUCUUCGCUACAUAUUUGUUGCAGAGUCAAGAUAUUUCUGAAAUCAAAUCUUUUAAUAGCAUAAGUCGAAUACUA